UUUGCAAAGAUCUCUCUGUAGCCUUUUAGCUUCCUUAAAGUAGAUUUUCUCUCUCUAUAAUCUUUCACAGAACCCACUAUCCCACACUCUAUGUAUGUGUGGAUGCAUACAAAAGCGGAUUGUAUCACGCAUACUACUUUCGUGGCUCUCAGGAGUAUCGUACAACACAAUACACAUACCCAUUUGAGUAAAAAGGAAGUUGGACGAAAUGGGUAGUGAUUGUUCUUCGAUUGUUGCAGAGGAAUUGCAUGUUCUUGCUGUGGAUGAUAGCCUUGUGGAUCGGAAGGUCAUCGAGCGAUUAUUGAAGAUUUCUAGCUGCAAAGUUACUGCUGUAGAAAGUGGGAGGAGGGCUCUGCAGUAUUUGGGAUUGGAUGGAGAGAAAAGCUCUGUUGGAUUUGAUGAAUUGAAGGUGAAUCUGAUUAUGACAGACUAUUCAAUGCCAGGGAUGACAGGAUAUGAACUUCUCAAAAAGAUAAAGAGCUCAUCGAAGUUGAGGGAAGUACCAGUGGUGGUUAUGUCGUCCGAGAAUGUUUUGGCUCGUAUCAAUAGGUGUUUGGAGGAAGGGGCUGAAGAGUUCCUGGUAAAGCCUGUAAAGCUCUCAGAUGUGAUGCGUUUGAGAGAUAUCAUAUUACAAGGGGACGAGAACGAUGAAAAGAAAGGAUCCGGGACCGGGAAGAGAAAACUGCAAGAUUUAUCGCCAACAUCCUCUCUUGUUCGCGAUCUCACUCCAUUAAAAUCUGCAUCAGCAGCAGCACAACAGUCUUGUCUGAAGCGUCCAAGAUUGUAGUAUAUGGUCUAACUUGCCGUAGUUUUAACCACGACUUGCGUUUUCUGUUUCCUAAGCCAUCCCUGAUGAAUUUUAGUGGUGAUGACUCCUGCUAUUUCUAGGCUUAUAGCUUAAGUCGCGUAUAUGCUUACUUGAGGACACUCAGGGUGAAAAAUUGUUGAUGGGAAAUGGUGUUCAUAGUUAUAUUUUUGGCAUAUACAAUGAUUCAUCGAGUUGAAUCUUGAGUUCUUUUGUUUGUGUUU